ACAUUAGAGCGGAAGAAGACGAAGGAGGAAAAAUGGCAGCAAGGUUACUCAUUAGGUCUGCUGUCCGCGCAGCAGUCACUUGCCGGGCAGCCCCGGCACCGGCCCUUCAGCGUUGCAUGGCUGGAGGCAUUCCGACUGACGAAGAUCAAGCCACCGGUUUGGAGAAGAUCGUAAUGCGGUCGAUGAAGGAGGGCGUUGAUCCCUACAACAUGCUGAAGCCCAAAUCCUAUGCAGGUUCCAAACAGGAUCCACACCUGGUUCCCUCAAUUACCAACAAGAGGAUUGUUGGCUGUGUCUGUGAGGAAGAUAACACCACCGUCGUGUGGUUCUGGUUGCAUGCGGGUGAACCCCAGCGCUGCCCGUCCUGCGGUGCCCAUUACAAGCUGGUGCCCCACGAGCUGCCGCACUGAGCCCAACACGUGUGUAUGUGUGUAUGCACACUUUCAGACCAACGCGUACCACCCUACCCCUCUAACCUCAUACCUCUCUGCUUAUGUUUGACAUGUUACAAGGGUCACAAGCCUCCCCGGAGGCCUUACUUGGGCGAUUUCAUUCCUUCCUGUUUACAUCGGUUGCGUACUGUACAACAAAAGUUUGGUCCAGAACCUCUUAAGAAUAAAGUUGUGUUGUAAAUCCUA